CUGUGUUCCCACUGGAUGAAAGAUGAUUAGGUCACACCUCUAGGUUUGUCACAGCAUUAUAAAUAAUAGUUACAAGUUCACAAAGUUGUCUGUUGGAAACCUCCACCACAUCAACGACAAGAUGGUGUUCACCGUUAAGGACAUGACCUUCAAGGCUGGUCAGGAGCUGACCAUCUCUGGUAAACCCAAGUCUGGAUGUAGUUUAUUCUCCAUCAAUAUCGGUCAUGACGCUGAUAACAUCGCCCUCCACUUCAACCCCCGCUUUAACUACAAAAGCGACAGCAACAUCAUUAUAUGUAACUCCAACCAAGGAGGAUGGGGCAUGGAGCAGCGGGAACACAGCUUCCCCUUUGACCAGGAUGAGUCCUUCAAGGUGGUGUUUACCUUCAACAAUGACCAAUUUUACAUCAAACUCCCUAACGGCACAAUGUUGAGCUUUCCCAACCGCUUCGGCGAUGACUGCUUCAAGCACAUUGAUGUGCAAGGUGAUGUCAAGGUUCAGGGCAUCAAGAUCAAAUAAGGAGUGAUUCCACUCAUGGAAGAACAUCCAACAAAUCCAAUGGGCUAGUCCACCUUAAAUACAUCUGUGGUACAGAAAAUAAGAUGUCUAAAUGGAAACCACUAAAUGUUUGUUAAUAAAGCCAGUACAAAAAAUA